AUGGCGGUGCCCAAGCUGGUCGUCUUCGACUUGGAUGCUUGCUGUUGGUAUCCAGAGAUGUACAUGCUCAGACGAGGAGCGCCCUUCGCGGCCACCAGCGAUCCCAAUGUGCUGAUGACGUGUGGCAAGGAGAAGGUGCGUUUGCUGGGCGACGUGCGGAACAUCUGGAAGGAGCUUCACUCCUCGGAGAUGUUUCAGUCCACCCGCGUGGGUGUGGCCUCACGCUGUGAUGAGCCUGAAUGGGGCCGUGAGUGCCUGAAGAAGUUCAUGGUUGAGGAGGGCGUCUCGAUGUGGGACGUGGCCGAAAAAGGACACUUGGUGGAGAUCUUCAAGUCGAGCAAGCAAGAGCAUUUCCGAAGGCUGGCGGCGAAGACUGGAGUGGCCUUUGAGGAAAUGCUCUUCUUCGACGAUGAUCCAUACAACAUUCAGGACGUCUCCCGUUUGGGGGUCACCUGUGUGGAGACACCAGACGGUGUGACGCCCGAGGCUUGGGAGGAAGGUUUACAGCUCCAUGCACUGCGGCAUGACGGAGGAGGGGUUUGGGCCUCAGAUUUCCCGGAUUGGCCGGUGGCAGCGUCCAAAGAAGAGUCGGACGGCAAAGAUAGCAAAGACGGAAAGGAACACAAGGAGCACAAGGACUCCGCCAUGAUCGGCAGUUCCAAGCUUUCGGAGAAGCAGAAGGCCGCCUUGGAGCGGCUCCGGGAGCGCGCACUGAAGCCACCUCCGCCUAAGGAGGAACCCAAAGAGGAGAAACCCAAGACUGAAGGCGCGGCAUUGGGCUUUUUGGGCGAGAAGAGAUGGGAAAAGGGUAGGGAGACAGAGACCCACCGCGGCUGGAGGAUGCUGAAGGUCUGUCUUGGGCUCGUCGCCUUCCACGUGAAGGCCCUGAACUUUGACGAUUACCUCCAGCGAUAUGGCAAGGACUAUGACGACCCAGAGGAGUAUGCGUACCGCAAGGCUCUCUUCGAUCAGCGGGCCGCACGGAUUGACGCCCAGAACGCCAUGGGUACGUGGAAAGCAGGCUUCAACGACUUCACAGAUGCAACGCCAGAGGAGCUGAAACGGAUGAUGGGCUACCGCAAGGAGCUGCGUGGUGCAGUGUCGUCACAGGCCGGUACCCCACGGCUGAAAGCGGCCAGGGCGAAGCCCAAGUUUCCCAAGAACUUGGACUGGCGGGAGCGCACUCCCAGCGUGGUGUCCCCUGUGAAGAGUCAAGGAGGAUGCGGCAGUUGCUGGGCAUUCGCUGCAGCCGAGGUCAUCGAAAGCCACGUGGCGAUCAAGACGGGCGUUCUUUUGUCCUUGUCUCCUCAGGAGCUCACCUCUUGCACUCCGAAUCCCAGAAGAUGUGGCGGCACUGGCGGCUGCGCGGGUGCAAUGAGCCAGUUGGCCUUCGACUACAUCAAGCAGCAAGGUGGUGUCUCAGACAUCUGGCAAUAUCCUUACCUUAGUGGCACCAAGUACGCCAGCCUGGAGUGCGAGGCCUUCAACGGCACCGUCUACUGGCCGCCCAAGGCCAGCAUCACUGGGCAUGUGGAUGUCCUGAAGAACGACGCGCAGGCGUUGAUGGAGGCCGUGCAGUUGGGCCCUGUGACGGUCUCAGUGGACGCCAGCGACUGGUGGCUCUACCAUGGAGGUAUUUUCGACGGCUGCAACAAGACACAUCCUGACAUCAGUCACGCAGUCGUCCUCGAUGGCUACGGUGAAGAGAAGGAUGAAAAAGGCCAACAUGUCAAGUAUUGGCUGAUCAGAAAUAGCUGGGGAACUAUGUUUGGAGAGAAUGGCUACAUCCGUUUACGGCGCUAUGAUGAUGAGCCCUGCGGCUAUGAUCCACAUCCCUUGCAAGGCACAGCGUGUGAGGUGGGUGGCCCUGAGAAGGUCUACGCCUGUGGAGAAUGUGGUGUGCUGGCGGACUCUAGCUAUCCCUUGGGCGCUGCGCUGGGAAGACGAGGGCAAAACUUAGAUGUGGAUUACUGA